AUGGUUGGACGGUGCUCCAAGGGACGCCGACGCCGCAAGCGUGGCCCGGACUCAAGCCCGACGGCCACGGAACGGACAGGCCCCACGGAACGGCGUGGUGUAGUGAAUAGCAGUCAAACGGGAGCCUUCCGACAUUUGUCAGCCUCUGCAGACUCGUCUACCGGUCCGGACCGUGUCCCCAUCGACCUAGAUCUCACCCCACUUCUCAACUGGGACUCUGGCGCAGGGGCUGACCCCGCUGGAUUGUCUGCCGACGGCGAUAGUAACAUGUUCUUUGCUGAUCGCAACCCAUCAGCAACGGGUGACGCCUUCGGCGGUGCUCUGAACCAGCUUGAUGUCCCGAGCCCCACGGAAGACUAUACUUCAGGGUUGCAUAUGGCCUUCCUCGCAUCCUCCACUAUUGAUCGUGUCCACACAACGCUUCCCCCUACACCUUAUGCAACUACGACAAACACAGCGACUUCACGCACUUCCGAAAACAUGAUGCAACAACAGACAACUAGAGCCCCAGUCAGUUCCGAAAAACAAACGGGUAUUCACAUCCUCUUCAAUGUUAUGGCGAAUCUGGAGGCUGAAAUCGGCGACCCUGGCGCAAAGAUUGAUAAGAUCAUGCAUACCGUAAAGACAAGCACCAAAGAGGUUCAGCGCGUGAUACAGUCCAGGCAGUGGCAACUAGCUGUAGUCUGUCCGAUGCUGGCGCUUGUUGCCAUCGAGGUCGCAUUAAUUCUGAUCGAGAAUAUUGUCGCUCGGUGGAGCGGCAGCAAAAAUGCGAGUCUUAAUAGUUAUUCUAUUAGCGACCAGCAAAGUCCACGCUCCUUACUACUUGGUGAAUAUAGGGCCGAAAGCGAGGAGGCCGGUAUGAUCUGGAGACAUAUUAUAAUAGUCGAGCUUCGGCGCUUACGUAGCCUGAUUGAAGCACUCGGAGUGUAUCUUGAUGACUCGAGUCGCUGUCAGAAUGGCCAGCGACCGGUAGAUCGUCUAAAAAACUCCUGCGCUUAUCAAGACCAGAAAGUAGCAUUACUCCUCGCUACUUUACAGAGGCCCGAGGAGAUACUCGAGGAAGGGACAGGCUCCGCGUUCUAG